GUACAGGUAUAUUGUGUACACUUGGAGGAUAUGGAUGAGUACCCGGACCCAGCUACUCAAAUGUUGGUUGGACUCACCUCACCUGUCACAUCUUUUGUCAGAACCUUGUUGCGUCUCCUGGAGUCGGGAACAGCUAAACCUCACUUGAAGCAUGUUACAGAACUCUUCAGCUUUCUUCUAGACUUUACAAAGCUAGGGGAUCAAGAGGCAGAGUUCUUAUUAACCAUACAGGCCAUAACCAGCUGUGUAGAGUUCUACCUCAAAACUAUCGGAGGCUUGGAUCCUGAAGUUGAUAUAUCAGAUGAUGAAGAGGAGGAAGAAGAUAUCAUUACUCUGCCGUUAGUAGGAGUAGAUAUGAACGCUAGUAGAACAGCCUCCUUGGACAAAAUGAUCACCUUGAUUGCUGUACUUGUGGAGAAAUCCAGGGGACCAGACAACCUCAUCCAUCUUCAUCCGACAACGUUGAACUCUUUGACCUGUGGCAAGUUCCCAAUAUUUCUCUACAAUAUCACCAAGGAGAAUAUAAACAUACGACAGACCUGCAACCUUAUAUUCUCCUUGACCAGACAUAAUCCCUCACUGGCUGAAAGUGUGGCAGAGAUGGUAUUUCUUGGUGUAAAGAACCAGGAGCACUCCAUUCACUUCUUCAAAUUAUUGACCUUGCUGACAGAACUGUCAGGAGGACCUGCUGGUCUACCCUGUUACACAACCCUCAUCAUGUGCAGGGUGUGGGAUCUAGCUAAGGCUUGUCCCCAAGCUGCUCUGGACUGGCUAUCUAUUCAAGUCACAAGAAAUAAACAUGCUCAAACCUGGCUUCUCAGCUCAAUGGGGGACUGGGUGCAACAGUAUUUGAUUGGACACUGUCAUGGAAAAGUGAGAAACUCAGCAGCAUUCCUUCUUGUUUCUCUAGUUCCCAGCCUUCAUUUCAGACAGACCUUUCGGACUCCCCGGGGUACUGGCUUACAGAUCCGUGAGUCCGUGGAGAGUAAUGAUGGUAUCCAUAUAGUCCAUCGUCUCUUGGACUUCCUCCUAUCCUUGUUGAAAACCUGCAAACAUUAUAUUGAUAUUAAUAUCCAUGGCAGCAACAAAUUAGUCUCAUACUUCCAGGUGAUGAACCAUUUACUCUUGGGAAAACCAGAAAAGCUGCUUCUUGGGAAAUACUUUCAGGAUCUAUGGUGUCUAUUCCACCCAAAGCUGUCUGAACCCAGUAUUCCUGUACACCCUAAUAAGCAAGCUCUUCUACAGUUCUGGUAUUCUUCUCUAGUAGACUGUAGGGAGAAUAUACAGCUAGUACUCUCCAACCCACAGGUUGUGAGGAACCUAGCAUUCAACUAUAUCCUGGCAGAUCAUGAAGAUGCUGAAGUUGUAGCAUUCAACAGAACAAUGCUUCCUAUUUACUAUGGUAUUCUCAGGAUGUGUUGUGCUGAGAACCGUAGUUUCUGUCGAAGUUUGGCUCAGCAUCAGAAUAUACAAUGGGCGUUCAAGAAUAUAUCUCCAUAUAGUACUCAGUACACAGCAGCAGUUGAUGAGUUAAUGAAGCUAGUAGAAGAGUUUGUGAAAAGGUUUCCAGAUUCUACUGAACAAGAAAUUAGGGAGAUCAGACUCUUUAAAACUCAGACUUUGCAACUUUACCUGGGUAUUCUGGAUGGGAGGUCGUCUUCCGUCACCUUGAUCUCUGCUCUUAGGAUUCUGCUUGAAACUGCAGAAGAUAGAGUUUUUGCAGUUUGUCAUAAUGCACUUUCUCUCAUCUUUGAUGCAUUCAAUAUUCUGCAUCUUAUGCAUCACGAAGCAACAGCUUGUCACGUAACUCAGGAGAUCCGUGAACUGUUGAACAUAUUCUUGGAUUUGAUUAGAACAGUGCGCAGCUCAAGUAAAAGCCCUGAGCUUCAUGCAGUAACAUCAAGAUGGAAGGAGAUGCCUGAGAUGACAAGUAGACUAGUUACACUCUGUAAUUCAUUCACUCCUUCAGAACUAAAGGAGACUAGUUUAAGCUGCCUAAAGGAAAUGUUACUGCUGUGGCCUAAAGAAAUGCUUUGCCACAUGGUUCCUAUGUUCCACAGAUCUCACAUUGCGUCCUCAGAGACGGAUUCCUCCAUGAUCGGACCAUUCUUCCCUCGCAGGCAUCGUAGAAAUCUGCCUGCUAAGGCAGUUAGGCCUCCGAGGCCAAUGUUGCAGUUAACUGUUCCAGCUUCACAGCUCGAGGCCAGCCAUGGACAAGAUCCAGAAUAUGAUAAAGCCUUGCAUCGGUAUUUCUGGAGUUUCCAUCACCUGGUGGAUCUAAUGGUUCGUGUUGCAGUGAAUGAAGAAUCAGUUACCAAACCUCUAAUAGAUUUGAGCGCCAUUGUCGGGUUUGACGGUGUUCCUCUUCACUUCAUGCUCUUCCCUAAACUCUGGCUGGAUAUUUAUAAUUCAAAGAAUAUAGAGGAGAGCACCUUGAAUAACAGUAUUAACCUACUAGUUGAAUCUACAGCGUUCAUGGAAUAUGUUGACGCUGUUCUUCUUGAUGAGAGAUCCUGUUUGAACAAUCAGUAUGUUUUCCAGUUCCUGGUUAUCUUCUUUCCAAAGGUGAGCGCUCAGGUACUCAAUGAUCAAGUAAAUCAUGUGCUCAGCUCUGUGCGCUCUCUCCUGGACCAUGCGCACACACUAGAUCUUAACAAUCUACAGGCUGUUAAGGGCGCUGUGGGAGACGUGCGCGCGCUUCAACUUGUCACCGGAACCGAAGGAUUUUCUGGAAAGCAUCUUCUACCUAGUUUACUGAUACUCCGGGAAAGAGUGAACAGACAUACAAAUACGUCUCCAGUCAAACAGACACCAGUGGACCAAGGAACAUUAGGGGGCCAAGGGGCUUCAGGACCUAAAGAACAAGGUUUAGGGGUUCAAUCUUCGUUAGAAUCUCAAGACGAGAAGGGAGAGAAGGAGAAAUAUCCCUUGGAAAGUGAUUGUAUGAAAAAGGAGAAGGGAGAGAAGGAAAAAUAUCCCUUGGAAAGUGAUUGUAUGAAAAAGGAGAAGGAGGAAAAGGCAGGACCCUCUAGGAAGCGAGGAAACGAGAAGCUGAUGGACACGUUACAAAUCCUGUUCUCUAGUUGUGAUUCUUUGAUCAACCAGCUCCAGAAGCAGGUGGAGGAGGAGCAGGAGGAGGAGAAGGAGGAGAGCACCAAAUCAAACGAACACUCGUCGUCACCAGCUGGUCCAGACCAAACCAAAUAAGAAAAUUAAUCCUAUCAUCCAUUUUGGCAUUAUCAAAGGUUGUUUUGUAUUUUGCUUCAGUUUCGCAUGACUUGUUAAAUCCAAAGCCUGGUAUGAUUUUCUAAUGAAAGUUUUGUAAAUUAUUGUUUGUUUAAAGAUAUUGUGAUUGUUCAAGAGUUAAAAACUGUAUAAAAGUGAAAGAUUAUUUUCAGA